AUGUCUACCGACGAGGGUGGAUUUAUGUUAAUUGGCAUACAAAACAGUUCUGUGACAUGGAGCGUGCCCUCAAAUAACCAUACAGUUGAUCCAUUUGGUGAACCUCAGUUGUCAAGUUCUUUUGGUAACGCUCCAGUUCUUGAUUUCCGAGUUCAGAUAUCGACAACAGGAAACUUUGCUGAAACUAAAGCUCACUGGUAAAUAUUUGUUGUUAAAGACAUUCAAAUUUAAUACUGUUAUUGUUAUUAACAUCAUGUGAUCCUCACGGCACAGUAUAAGUCCUAGAGCAAUUGUGACUAGGAUGGGGCAGAAAUCUGACAUCAUCCAUCAGUCGCUUGUACUUUGUCGGCGAUGUAUUACAAUAUUCUUUUCACUGGUAUGAAAAGGACGUUGUAAUAAAGUCCCUUCUUGAAGGGGCCCGACAGACAUUUUUUAGUCGAAAAACCACCUUAAGUAGGGGACUCCACGGAGAUUCGUUUGGCUGUAUCUUACAUGCAGUAUCCAUGAGUAUGAGUACUUCCGCACACCGGAAGACGCAUGCGCGCAUGUCAAAUAGCGACAAUAACAAAAAAAUGUAAACAAUACUUAAGGUGGCUUUUCGACUAAAAAUGACUGUAGAGCCCCUUUAAGGGACUGACCAUCAGAUAUCCUGAGAGAGAGGGGGGAUAUUUUCCUUGCGAAUUCAGAGCUUUGUGCAGUAAGUUUCUUUUCUAUAUAUAUUUCUGAAUAUCUCAUAUAGUUUGCAAGAAUAUUUUACCCUUAAAUGCUUGCAUGAAUUUUUUUGGGUGUGAGGGGUCUGCCACACCACACCCCCUCUACUCCCAGCAUAUCUAAUUGUUAACCCCUAAACAUAAUGUAAAUUAUAUACAUUUGUUUUGUUUUAUUUAUAUUAUCUUGUUUAUAUAGGUCUUACAGGCUACGAAAGACACGCUCUCUAAAAAAUCUCAUGGUGAUCAUGAAUAAAGGUGGUUGUGGACCAUUAUCACCUGGUAUUGGGGAUAUCGCAUACGUCAAGGAUCUCCGCACUGAGAAAAUUGUAACGACAAAUUUUCGUUGCUCAAAAUUUGGAACUUAUUUUCCAGCGCAAGGAUCUGGAUGGGUUAGUUUUGCGAUUCAGUCCUUAAUUGUCUUUUUCUAAUAAUACAUCAUAAAUAAUUAAUAUAUAUCUUCAGGCAAUACACCCUUUAGGAUUGCCUAUAUAAGCCUCGUUUUCGUGACUGAGAUGUGGGCUUUAACCUAACUGAUGUUAGAUACACGAAAACGAGUCUCUAUGGCCAAAGUGACGUACUUUCCGGAAGGUUGUAUUAAACCAACAGCUGAAAAUUACUUGACCAGUGUGCAGCCACUUGGAGUAGCGUUACCUAACAUAAUGAAUCUAUAAUAUUAUAACCAUUAUCGUCAAUUUGGUAAUUUUGUGUUUCGUAGGGUAUGAUGAACUAUUGCUUCGAUAAUCCAUGUCCCAAUGGUUUCGCUUUUCACAAGAAAUAUCCCGGUUUCCAAACAGCCUUUUCAGGAUCGUUUAGGUACGUACUUUAUAUACAGUGGAGCCGUGGAGGGAAUUUAGGUGGGGUGGAGCAACUGUUAUUUGAUAUGAGUUUGCGAUCUGCGAGUACAAAGUAUUCGUUGCUCGCUCUAACACUAAGAAAAAUAUGUGCACUUCACAGAACAUAUGAAAUAUAUGAAAUGUACAGGACCGUUUACAAGCGUGACACCUAGCGAACUUCGUAGCCACCAAUAGCGUACCAACGUAACACAUUUUGUACUUACGGCAGACAUUUUUACAGCAAUAUUGCUCAAAUAUACUUGUUUCUUCGCGUAGAAAAAUCAAAACCACGAGCUACUAUACGUUUUUAGUAAAAUUCCUGAAUUUUCCUCAAAAUAUAGGGUAUAAUUGAUGGAUAAUUUGGGUAAAAAUUGCUGGAGCCCUAUAUUCUGCUUACAUGACGCAGUGCAGAUUUGUGACUUGAGAUCUGAGACCCGAGCCUGCAGUGCGUGCCGAAACCCCAGAACCUAAUAAUAGUCACUGGCGGCACAGUGCCCCAGAGGGGCCAUCAGGGAAUUGGGACCUAAUUAGGAGGCGGUGAGUUGGAAAACUGCUAACCUGUAAGGGGUUCUGGGCGGGUUCACCCCUAGACAAUUUUUGUAUUAUUGAGCCUCUGGGACUUGAUCCUGAUUUAGAGUGACGGGAACGUUCAGUAUAAAAGCCAGGUUUAGUAAUGUGAGUAUAAAAAAUACGUACUCUUAUUCUGCCCUUUUAAUGUUUGCUUAUAUUUUGUUAGACAAAAAAUACCUUCACUGAGGGAAACAUAGUUUACUGGGAGGGGCAUGGGGGCUGGACUUGACCCUGCCAGCUUACAUGCUAAGAAAACCUUGGUUAAUAUUCUCGUAAAUGUGCAUAGAACACUGAGCUCUUAGGGAUCGAGAUCUGAAAAUUCUGUUUAUUAUUCCUGUUUAUAGUUAUAGCGUGAGUGGCAGUGUUUCGGGAAUCGACCAUAACUCAACUGCUUUUGUUGGUUGUGACAGAGGAUUUGUAAGUAACAUAAUAAUGAGAAUAUGCAUGUUUGUUUGUCAUAAUUAUAUUAUAUUGUCGCCAACAAAAUCAGCAUCACAUUUUAGCGGUUCAAGGUGAUUUAUUUCUCAAACCAUUUUAGUGUUGUAGUUGUUUUGGUCCACCUGGUGGUACAGAUAAUUAUUGUAGCUCCCACUGUAAGGCGGACAGCAGAGCAAAUGUUGCAAAAAACACGUACACUUGGUUUUGGGUGAGGUCUUCAAUUCCAAAGAGAGUGUGGAACAAAUGUAUGGAGUAUAAAGUAUUUGACGUCAGUGGAAAAGUGGUUUGGUACAACUUGGUUGGUGAAAGUGGUAUUCCAAAAAAGGUAGGCUCAUUUCAGUAUUAAAUUAAUGCGUAUUAUAACUACUAUCUGGACAAGAUAUAUAUGCCUCCAGACUAUCUACUUAGUGAAUUGUUAUUUUCUUUAGGGCCGUUGCUCCACAGAUGAGACGCUUUUAAAUGAUGGGGUAAGAAUAGAAGAGGUGUAACUUUAUACAGUAAUUUACAUUUUGAUAUAUAGUAUUUCAGAGGUUUUCCCCCUUUUGGAGGAAGGGCUAAAUAGAGGCUUAAGGGCUAAAUAAAUUUUCGUAUAUAUGUUACCUUUUAAAAACAUUCAGUUUUAAAAAACGUAUUAAUUAAAGAGGAAUGGCAAUAAAAGAUAACUUUGUACAAUUUGUAAGAAGUUUGAAAAAGAUAUAUGUGAAAGUAUUUUACAAUGCUCCUCCAUUCUUUAUAAUCUAAUUAAACCUACCUAAUUAACGGGCAAAAUAAAAAAUUCUUUUUACCCCAGUUGUGACGUCAUACAAAUUGAACAAUAAAUAAAGAUGGCGACUUGCAACGUUCUUUCAAAUAAGAUGAUUUAAUUAAGGGGAGAAAUAGAGGAAAUACCAUAUAUGCUAUAUCUUCACUUAUAAUUCCUUUUCUCUCCCUAUAAGUUUCUUGGUCUUAUUGUUUUCCGAAUUCUGAUGUAGAUCCUUUGUCUCGAUCACCAUGGCUUUUAGUGUAUAGCUGAAUUUAUUAUUUUAACACUUUAGAUUAUAGUUGUCCCAGAUAGUGACUCCGACCGUGAAGUCCCUUCAAUUCCAGGAGUAUUAAAAUAUAGAAAAGACAAGAAGAUACUUUAUCUAAGUUCGAACGAAACAUGGAACGCUAUUGCGGAGGAGAAAAUGGUAUAAGCUAAUACAAUUAUAUAUACAUAUGAUUACAAAAAUAAGACACUGAAUGAAAUAUUCCGUCUUGCCAAAGCCAAAAGACUGAAAUCACGCAAUUCAAAAAGCAUAUACAUGUGCAUUUCAAAAUUUCAUAAAUAUUUAAACAUAUAACAAUUAAACCUUUUUCUAGGUUCUCCAAAAAACGUCAGAACUGUUUGAACAAAGAUUGCGACAAUUCAAAAAGAAGGUACGUUAUAUAUGAUUUAUAUAUUAUAGAUUUUGAUAUGUUACUAUAGACCUUAUUCAUAAAUCGCAAUCGGGGCCUCGUAACCUAGGGCUAGGAAACGGGAAGAAAACGCGGGAAAAUUGAAAAACGUUUUUUGCUGCCGGCUAAUAAAAAAGUUGCCUAAAAAACGAACGAUUUAUUUACUCACUACUGUAUAUAUUGUGGAAAAUCAGCAUCAAUUUGGUGCAGCCCCAGUGAGCUCCAUAUAUAUCUGGAGCGAGAACUCGAGUCCAAAAAGUGAAGUCAGUUUCGUGUUUAUCGUGCAACAACAGAAAGGGGCUGGAAUUGACGUUCACUAUAUAUAGCUCCUUCAAUUUCCGCCAUCUUGGCAAGGAGUGUGAUGAAAUUUCGUAUUUUGUUAUCGAUUUAAAGAAUAACACUAUGGUUUUAUGAACUGCAUAAUAACGACUUUCAAAAUUUAUAUCUUUUUAUUUAUGACUUUCAAAGCUAUUGGACGUCAAUGCAUGGUCGCCAUUUUGGUUUCACUUUUCUCAUAGGCCGAAUGACUGAAGAUUUUGCUUCACUAGAUAUAUAUAGAUCCCCAGUUUUUGUUUUAGUUUGCAUGUUAAAACUCACUAUACAUGCACGAUACGGUUGUCGACUGGGACUACUGUAUAUAGUCAUUCUUGGUUACCUGUUUUUAUUUAUAUCGAGUGAAAUGAUGUUUUCAACAAAAUUAUAUCUUAACGAACACAUAAAAUGGUCAAAUGUUUUAUUAUACGCAAAGUGAUUAAGUUUUCCUUUACGAAAAUUAUAUGUUCUUUAUUUAGGUUCCUAAAAACAAUUCAGAAAUAUUGGAAGCACGAUUGGAAAAAAUUGAAGAGAAAGUGAGAACUGCAUGAUAUUUUAAAUGUUUCACGGAUACGUCGGAUAUACUAUCUGACAUGGACGCUGGAAGUUGAGCUGUCAGGGGGACAGAGCUAGGGCCAACCUUGCAGAAAUAUUUGUUAUACAAAGAAUUAGCUUUGAUUUUCUUGCUUGGACAACAUUUAUUUUUAAAAUUAUUUCGCCAAUGAACUCAUAAGAUGGGUCCGUUUUUUAAGUCAUUUAAAGCACUUGUGGUCGUGCUAUACACUCGUGCUGUGCACUCGUGUUUUAUAUCUGAUAAAGCACUCCUACACGUGCUUCAAACAGUAUACGUAUUAGUUUAGUUUAAAAAAUGCGUUAUAAUGCUGUCUACUGCAACUGGGAAACGGUAUAGUGUAGUAGUUUUUGUAUUCACGUGCGCCGAAACCACGGGGCAGCUGCCUCCGUUACUCGAGCUGUGCGCCGGGGCACCAGGUUGCCUUUUUACAAGUAUUACUUCACUUCGAAAGUUGUGCUCAAGUUGAAAUUGAGAGCUGUUCAGUUUCAAGAAAUUUAGCUCAAAUUUGAAUCUCAAUUUCCUCUCAAAAACAUUACCAAAGUUUCCUUCUUUAUGAAAAAAAUGAAAAAAGAAAGCCUUGUUAAAUAAGCGAUAAGCUGUCAUGUUUUACAAUGCAUUUCAGUCUUUAGCGUAAUGCAACAAACAAAAAUGUUCCAAUCAAUGCCGAAAUUUGUCUAACUACCGUAUAUUGGCUACAAGUAAUCAAGUAUCCAUAAAACAAAAUUUUAAUGAAGAUUGCGCAAAAAUUAAGGCUCCGAAACAAGUGCCCUAUUUUAAUGGCUACAUGCCCCUGCUGCUUUACGUUGCUUCCGGCGCCCUUGUUUUUAUUGGUUCCAAAAUAUUCUCGGCAUAGCUUGGCCAGUAUUUACCAAUGAAUCUGUAAUUAAAAACAAACAGUAUAUGGAAUAGAGUACAAGAAAUGCAUUAAAAUUAGCAUUUUCUUUAUUUUUAAAGAUUCUGCACGAAGUAAACAUGACUUUCACUAAACUUGAAGCAAGAGUGAAGUCAAAAUUUGUUCAGAUGGAAUCAAAAGUGGACAGAAUGAAUAAAACGUUAAGAACACAUAUUUAUAAAAGUAAGUAGGUUUAGUGACGAACUAGCAUAGUGUAGAACGUGUGCCAAAUUGUUUUCUUCUGGAUUGCACAAAUACAUGAAGAUGUUUGUUAUUCAUUCCACGAUGAUAAACGACGGAUAAUUAACAGGUUAAUCGGCCAGACAUGGUAUACUACAGUUAGAGCUGUGCGCCGGAGCCGGAGCUCCGGCAUAUUUUGCCGGAGCUGGAGCCGGAAAACUCCGGCAGACAAAAUGAUGAAAAAUUAUUUCAUAUUUCAAUGAACUUUUGGUAAUGGAAAAUUAAGUUGAAUUAUUUGAAGUUACUAUAAAGUUUUUAAACUAAAAAUUUUCCGGACAUACCAAAAAAAUUUUCCGGAUAUAACACAUUUUUUCCUAACUAAGAAAAAAAUUUUUCGGAUAUACCAAAAAACUUUUCGGAUAUAUCACAUUUUUCCCGGAAAUGAAAAAAUUUUUCCGGAAAUAACCUAAAUUCAAGUUUUCAAAAGUGCCUUUUGGGCAAAAAAUGCAAUCUUAAUGACAUUUUUCACGCAAGAAAAGGGCACUUUGCUCCACUUGGCAAAACUUGGGGGGCUCCUACGCCCCUGAGUGUCAGUGUGGUGCUUAGCAUGCACAAAACAAUGAAACUAUUUUUGAAUAAAUGAAGCCGAAUAGUUGCGGUUAUAGAAAAUCCGGAAUAAUCAAUGACGGUUUUAUGACGCAAUAGAACAAAGGAUAAGUACUGUACCAAAGAAUCAAUUAAUAAGGAAUUUAAAGAAAAAUUAUAAUAACUGUGUAACAAUGAUUCCGUGUGCGUACCCAUCCCGAUACUAAAUGUAUGAAUUUACCUUUAUGCAGGCAGUUGUGCUGACCAUUAUACAUCUGGAAAGAAGCAAGAUGGUAUAUAUACCAUUGAUCCAGAUGGUCAGGGAGAUUUCAAAGUCAGAUGUGAUAUGACAACAGAUGGUGGAGCCUGGACUGUGUUUCAAAGAAGAAUGGACGGAAGUCAAGAUUUUUAUCUUGGAUGGUCAAACUACAAGUCUGGUUUCGGGGAUCUGAAUGGCGAAUUUUGGCUUGGACUGGACAAAAUACAUCGCUUGACAAAAACCGCAAAUCAAGGUGUUUUAAGGAUUGAUAUGGAAACUCAAAAUAGAAAUGUAUUUUAUGCCAAGUAUGGAAUAUUCUCUGUGGCUAGUGAAUCUUACAAGUAUAGACUGAAGGUCGGGAACUUUACAGGUAAAAUAAGAAUCACUGAACAAGUAGAAAUAAAAUAGGCAAGUAACUUUUAAAUUGGCUAAAUAAUUAUGCAAAUAUGGUAAUGUAAAUAUUUUCUCUCGAUCCAUGGUAAGCUAUAGCUAUAUUUGAUCGGACGAUGGUCCAGACCAGAUGUAUGAUGAAACAUAUAUAGCAUGUUAAUUAAGCGAGACCUUGAUUUAAAGACCAUUGUUAAUAUCAAACGAAUUUGAAAAUACUUUCUAAUUCCAGAUUUCCAUUUUUAAUCUUAUACUGCCACACAUGUAUUUUACCAACUAUAGUUGAUCCUUCAAUUAAACCUUGGCAAAUUAGCUUCAUUUCAAUUUUAGACCUGGAAAGUGAGAGUCGUGGCUAAAGGGAGUGGACUAAAGGCAGGUUUUCAAGAUUGCAGCCACUUUUUAAGAUCAUUAAAACGUAACAGAAUCAACAACCAGACAUUUGCAAAAAUAAUAAACCUUACCCUUACCCUCAUUCCACACCUAACCCUAAUCCCCACACUAACCCUAAUACUAACGCAAACUCUUAUUUCAAUUUUGGAACAAUCUCGUAAACUACCUCUCGUCCAUCCCUUUUAGACAUUACCCUGAAAGAGAAGUCGUCGUUCUAAGAGCGGGCAAAUAAACCCGCAUGAGCCCCCAUCCUAACCCAAAAGUGAUUUUCAAUUUGAGAUAACACUAAGUAUGAAUUAAACUUGUUGCACGAAGUCAACUGACUUUUUGAACUGCACACGCGUUAAGAAUGCUCCCAUGUAACUGUAAUCCUAAAUUAAAGCUAUUAUUGUCUCAGUAUAGGUGGGUAUAUGAACAAUCAGUUUGACUGUUUCCUUCGUAUCGUGUUUCCAGUUAAUGACAUCGAUACACAGUGGCGUAGCCAGACCUUCAUUUUUUGGGGGGCGAAGCGAACGCCGAAGGCGCGAGACAGUCUUGCGAUUUCAAGCAUUUUGGGGGUGAAAUCUUGCAGAAUUCCGAAAAUUAUAAAGUACAUCGAAGACAUGAAUUUUCCCGGAUAUUUCUAAUUUUCUACUCGGAAUUAAAUAAAUUGGAAAAUUCACCUUGAAAAACAGGAGGAGCCGGUCAGCGUCACAUUAUUUCCCCUCUGUGAUGCUGGGGGAAGAAAAUCCAAUGUGAUUUUGAUCAGAAAUGUUGCAUUUAAAUCAUUCUAUGUUUUAUGAGACAGCAUUUUCACAUUCUCAAAAUUGCGUUGCUUUUUUAUACGAUACAGAAUAAGUCUGAGAAGAAUAUUCAUGGUAUGAUAUAUAUUAAAUGCAUACAUGUAAAUCUAAACUAAAUCUAUUCUUCUUGGAACCAUAUCUACAACUGCUUUAACGAGAUUUUACAAAUCAAGUUCCUCCAGUAUAUCGUCGUUUUCCUCAGUCGAGACGUACUUAAUCAGUUUCAGCUUCGAGGAUGUAACGUCUACGGAUUUAGCCUUUCUCAGAGAAUGUUUUUUUUUCGAUUAGGGGGGGGGGGCGGUCGCCCCCCCCCCUCGCCCCUCCUUGGCUACGCCACUGUCGAUACAUAACUUAUUUUUUAUUUGAAACAUUUCUUUAUAAAUUUAUGCUUUUUUUGAAAGGUAAUGUCGGCGAUUCCCUUGAUAUUCAUGAUGGUAUGAUGUUUAGUACCAAAGAUAACGACAAUGAUUGGGGGUCUCAAAACUGUGCUUCAAAUCAUCAUGGAGCAUGGUGGUACAAAUCCUGUUAUCGUUCCAAUCUUAAUACUUUGUACGGGAAGAACAAGAUAGGCAUUGGAUUCAGCCCAGUUGAGUGGAAAACAAUGUCAUGGCUUAACUUCAAGGAAAGAAUUGAAAAGGUGGAGAUGAAAAUGCGUCCACAUUUAUUUUAG